AUGUCGGUGAAUACGUGGCCAUUGAUCAACCCUUUCAAUUGGGGUUAUAACGGUACUAUCAAGCAUGUUACGCAUGAUGAAGGUACUGUCAAGUUGCAGUUGAAGAAUGGUGAGGAGCCCUUACAAUUCGAAGAGUUUUUGAACAAGUAUGUUCCUGAGUUGAAGAACGACGCUAAGUUUAAGCUGAAUCCUGCGCUGUUUACGGGUAUUUUGCAGACCAUGUACCUUGGAUCCGCUGAUUAUUCCCGCGAGUUUCAAGUGUUCUAUGGUAGAGAGAUAGUUAAGUUCUCCGAUGGAGGUGUUUGCACCGUGGACUACGUGAUGAAAGACUGGGAAAAUGAGUAUAAGUUGAACGAGACCACGAAGAAGUUCGAUGUUGAGAAAUUCAAGCAGGACGAGGCCGAUACUCACGCGGAAGGGUGGCCGCGCUUGCAACCACGUACCAGAUACCUAAGAGACAAUGAACUGCAAGAAGUUCACAGCGAUGACAGACCAUUGGUGCUAGUUCUGCAUGGCUUGGCUGGUGGCUCUCAUGAGCCGGUUAUCAGAUCCCUAACCCAACAACUGUCUAGAAUCGGCGGUGGUAAAUUCCAAGUUGCGGUUUUGAACAGUAGAGGCUGUGCUCGUUCUAAGAUUACCACUAGAAGCUUGUUUACUGCGUUCCAUACUGGGGAUACGCGUGAAUUUUUGCAAAGGGUAAGAAACCACCACCCAAACAAGAAGAUAUACGCUGUGGGUUUCUCCUUCGGUGCCACCAUGCUGGCAAACUAUCUAGGUGAAGAAGGUGAAAACACACCAUUGUCAGCAGCAUGUACUCUAAGUAACCCUUGGGAUAUGGUCAUGUCUUCUGUUAAGACUUCAAAUGACUGGUGGUCAAAGAACUUGUUCUCAGCGAACAUUACACAAUUCUUAGUAAGAUUGGUCAAGGUCAAUAUGGGUGAACUAGAAGUCCCAGAAGGUACUGAACCAGAUCACCCUCCAACUGUCAAAAACCCAUCGUAUUAUAACUUCACCAAGUCCAACUUGCAAAAGGCAUUCAAGUUUAAGACAAUCGCCGAUUUCGAUAGCACUUACACAGCACCUUGCUUAGGUUUCAAGAGUGCAAUGGACUACUACAAGUCUGCUAGCUCCAUAAACAGACUGCCAAACAUUAAGAUCCCACUAUUAAGUAUAAAUGCUAGAGAUGACCCAGUGGUUGGCCCUGAAGGUGUUCCAUUCGAUUUAAUGAAGCAGAAUCCACACGUGGUUCACUGUGAAACCGACAUUGGUGGACAUCUUGCAUACUUGGAUUUAGAAUGGAAGCCUUGGGUUACCAAAGAGAUUGCACAAUACUUCAAUGUAUUUGAUGAUCACGUCGAGUAA